UGCACAUGCCCCCAGCCAAGGCUGCCACCAGAGCUCCAGGUUGGUGCAGGUACCAGAUAGCCCCAAGGAGGAGCUGCUGACCUGGCAGGGGACAACCAAAACACAGGUAAAAUCACACUGCCUGCAACCCGGAGAAACAGAAUUGGAACCCAGGGCCAGACCAGCUGCAGAGACCAAAACAAAGGAAGCAGGACCCUUGUUUUCCAAGGGCUUUGUCUUCAGAGGCAAUAUGUCAGAGGCGGUGGGCACUUUCCGAAUGGUCCCUGAAGAGGAGCAGGAGCUCCGGGCCCAGCUGGAGAAGCUCACAACCAAGGACCAUGGGCCUGUCUUUGGCCUGUGCAGCCAGCUGCCACGCCAUACUUUGCAGAAGGCCAAGGAUGAGCUGAAUGAGAGGGAGGAGACUCGGGAGGACGCGGUCCGGGAGCUGCAGGAGCUGCUGCAGACACAGGCGGCCUCUGGGGAGGAGCUGGCCCUGGCAGUGGCAGAGAAGGUGCAGGGAAGGGACAGCGCCUUCUUCCUGCGCUUUAUCCGGGCCCGCAAGUUCAACGUGGGCCGCGCCUACGAUCUGCUCAAAGGCUAUGUGCACUUCCGGCUGCAAUAUCCUGAGCUCUUCAGCAAUGUGUCCCUCGAGGCCGUCCGCUGCACCAUUGAGGCGGGCUACCCUGGUGUCCUCUCCAGCCGGGACAAGUACGGCCGAGUGGUCAUGCUCUUCAAAACUGAGAACUGGCAGUAUGACGAAAUCACCUUCGAUGAGAUUUUGCAGGCUUAUUGCUUCAUCCUGGAGAAGCUACUGGAGAACGAGGAAACUCAAAUUAACGGCUUCUGCAUCAUUGAGAACUUUAAGGGCUUUACAAUGCAGCAGGCUGCCAGCCUCCGGCUCCCGGAUCUCAGGAAGAUGGUGGACAUGCUGCAGGAUUCCUUCCCGGCCCGGUUCAAAGCUGUCCACUUCAUCCACCAGCCGUGGUACUUCACCACCACCUACAACAUGGUCGCGCCCUUCCUGAAGAGCAAGCUGCUGCGGAGAGUGUUUGUCCACGGAGACGACCUCUCUGGCUUCUUCCAGGAGAUUGACAAGAGCAUCCUGCCUGCUGACUUUGGGGGCACCCUGCCCCCAUAUGACGGCAGGGUGACUGCAGAGCAGCUCUUUGGGUCCCAGGCCCAAGUUGAGAACACGGCCUUGUGAGGCACCUUCUCCAUCCGAGCUGUAGUUAGCAUCACUGGCCUCGCCUCAGCUGUCCCGGACCCAGGCUGGCAAAGGGUUGCCUGAGGUGACGGUAGUUUCCCUACCCUCCCUACCCUUCCCUGCCAUCCCCAAGAUGGGGGAGGGACAGUAAAUGAGGGGGAGUCCUGUGAACAGAAGGAUCGGGUGGUUACAUCCCCAUCUGCCUCAGAAGCUGUAGGACAGUGAUUUUGUGUGAAGGUGAAUUUCAGACUCCAAUUAGGCCUCUCGAUAAUUUCCUUUGUCAGAGUUCAGCUGCUUAGGGUCUGUAAAAACAGACAAGGAAGCAGGGUUACCUCCCCUCAACAAUAAAUAGGAUCAAAG